AUGCGGAUGACAAAUCUGAUUCUAUGGAAUCAAAAAUUCGUUUGUACGCCUUUUCUGAAUUGCAAUCACAAUACCGCACUGAGAUGUCACCUGCCUAAGCUGAUUAUACAGUAUAUCCAGUUAUAUUGUCGCCUGAAUUUCUUUGUACCUCACAAGAACCAAGCAUGUGUGUCCACUCCCACUUACCUUGUUUUUUACUCCACACUGAUGGUACUCAAAUAC